AGUCAGAGAAUAAUGCAGCGCUGUGUGUGUGUGUGUGUCCGUGUGAUUCCAUCAGUCCAGCUUCCCGUCCGACAGGUCUGGACGCAUCUCAGUGGACUUUGGGAGCAGGUUUUGGUUUGCCGGCGCUUCCUGGGGGGGUUCUAAACGCACCACAAGCCCGUAUGCUGCAGGAAGUAGACGCUGGGUUCACCGACGAGGAAUAAAACACCUGCGGCAGGUGUGUCGCCGCUGAUGCCAACAGGAUGUCCUGCUCCUGCUGCUGCUGCGUGACUCCCAGCGGGGAGCUGCUGGAGGUGGGUUUCUGGAGCUUUAUUCUGGAGGGACACCAGAGGUCACGAUGUCCCCAGGAAGUGGACGUCCCGCUCUACCUGACAACAUGUGCUUCAUGUCUGUGAGUUCAGGUCUGACUCAGUCAGGACGAUGUCUGACUCGAGCUCACCAGGACUCAAAAAGGACAAUAAUAAAGAAAAGUACAUAAAAUGUCUGCAUUUCCUAAACGAGGAGCGUUUUUCCUGUUACAUCGUUUGUUUCAGGAUCCACAGCAACUGAUUUAUCAUUGAUUGAUGCAUGUGAUGAUUCCCUGUCAGAUAAAUACGCUACAGAGGCGCCAGGUGCCGUCGGUCUGAGCAGAUAAAUGGGAAAUCGUAUCGUAAUCCUGUUCAUCGCAGUGUUUUCGUGGAGUUUCUAGAGGCUGGUGUCUGCUCUCCUGCAGGGAUCAGGAAGAAGGAGCGGCUGGUCAGGGAGGAGGAGGAGGAGGAGGAGGAGGAAGCAGGAGAGGAAGAGGAAGAGGAGAACAGGAGGAACAUGGACGUCUCCCUGCUCAGAGAACAAUACAGGAGCACCAGAGAGAGGCAGAGGAGACAAACUCAGGUGCUCCUGUUCAGGAAAGUCUCUGAGGAGCUGUCGGAGGCCGUCAGCAUCAUCCCCGUCACUCAGGGUUUGACGUCGCCACCGCCGGCCAUAACCGUCGACCCCGACCUGUCGACCUGCGACCCCUGGCACGUCCACCUGGGCCUCCACCGGCGCUCCUGCCCCGGCGUUACCGUCCGGGUCCCGGCGACAAACACCAGCGUCACAGGUUCCUCCGGGUGUUCAUCGACUUCUUCCUAUGAGGCCGUCGGCUGGCAGCAGGAGUCCAGGGGCAGAAAACUGGCUGCGGAUUCGACGUCAGAUUCCCCCUGCAGCUCCUUCAACAGCAGCAAAGAAGAGGACCCCUUCAGAGUAGAGGGGUCCAUAGGAGAUUCCGUCGGUGGUUCCAAGGUGGAUCCGGUCCAGAUUUCUGUCACUGGAUCGCCAAGGGCUUCUGAGCAAAACUCCAGUGACGGAUCCGGAGAAGGUCCUCCCGACGAGUCUCAGGAGAGUUCGGCCCCCGGCUCUCUGACCGGCUCCGAUGACAGCUCCACCCCCGUUGUCUCCAUCACCUGCUCCCCCAGCAGCUCCGCCACCAACCUACACGAAGACCUGAAGGAGAACGGGUCUACGGAUGUAAAGACCAGUGACGGCGUCCAGCAGACCAGAGGCAGCCCAGCACAGAGGGACUCCAGGAAGGACUCGGUCCUUGCCCUCAGGUUUACCAGGCAGCUGAGCGUAGGGGGGUUGGGCUCAUCCUCAGGGGUCCACCAGAACCAGAACUACUACCCGUUCCCCAACAGGAGGACCCCGAGGAUCUCGGAGGCCGCCAAGAAGCUGGGGAUGUACUCGUCCUUCUGAGAGACUCAAGAAGGACCACAAAUGAUUUCACACAGUGUGUUUCAUGAUAGGAGACCACGUGUAACUGAGGAACAAUUAAACAAUGUAAUCCACUACUUCUUUGAAAAUCUAGAGUUGUUCUCGUAGGAAAAUUUUAGGUUACUUUUGUUUCAUCUCAUAAGCUGGGUCUCAUUUUCAGUUCUGUCCAUCUUUCCUGGACUGAUCCGGAUCCAUACCGGAACACCCGCUUCAUCACCGAAAUCUGGGGCUGAGGUGAAAUCGCUCGCUCAGAAGGGACGAGGCCUCAGCUCACUAGGCCAGAAUCGGGCUUCUUCUCGGUUCCGGCCAGUGUUACAUUGUCAGGGGUGAUCCAUGGAACUGAAGGUUUCGCUGUAAACCAGCUUCUGUGUCGAAGAAAAAACAAAAAGAGGACUCAGAAGCUGGGGGGACGUGUGAGGAAAGCGGAGCUGUAUUUUUAUGUCUAUUUACCGGCAUACAUUCAGCGUCUUCUCUGUCUUUGCCACAUCUUUGUCACGUGAAUAAACAGAGACAAU